AGUUUUUUCUCUUCUUUUCUUUCUCUCUCUCUCUAAAUUAUUUAACUUUUUAGAUCGAUUUUGCUCCUUUUCCUAGAAUAAUUAACAUGCACGGUAGGAAUGUGAGUGUCUGAGAUAGACUGCAAGGGGGGAUUAGGAAGGAAGUAGAGAGAGAGAGACAUUCCCUCUCAACUCCUCUCCCCCAUCUCCAAUGCCAAUGGUGUUUCUCUCUCUCUCUCUCUCUUCUUCUUGAUAAAAACCUAAAACCCUAAAUGAAGCUUAACUCAGUUCCCACUUAACCUUGUCACUAUUGUUGUUUGUGUUCUUAUAUUAUAAUAAUUAUUAUUUUUGUUUAUGAUCUUGUUUUUAUUAUAUAAACACAUCACAUUUUCCCAAAAAAAUUCAGUUUCCUAAGACACAAGUUGUUGAGCGUUGAAGAAUAAGAAGAAAGACAUCUCUCAAAGAAGAACAGUGUCUUUUACGGAAGACCAAAAAUAAAAAGGGAAAGAAAUAAAGAACUACUUAGAAGAAGAGGAAGACAAUAGUCCAUUCAUUGCAUUAUUAUUGUUUUUUCAAGGAUGCUAUCUACCACCUGCAUUCUCUUAAUAUGCCUCUCGAGCUUUCUCUCUCCCAUUGUCAGAGCCACAUUAAGCCUCAACCUCACCCUUCCUCACCAGCAUCCUGAUCCUGAAGCUGUGGUUCUAGAAGUUCAAAGGAGAGUCAAUGUCUCAGUAUCUAGAAGACAGAUGCUUUCAGUACAAGGUAAGGAUCAAUGCUCGACGGGAAACCCCAUCGACGACUGCUGGCGCUGCGAUUCCAACUGGCAAGCGAACCGCCAGAAGCUCGCGGAUUGCGGCAUUGGGUUCGGCCGUGACGCAAUGGGAGGUAAGGGCGGCCAGAUCUAUGUAGUCACUGACUCUUCCGACCGCGACGUGGCCCGUCCCAUCCCCGGAACGCUCCGCUACGCCGUGAUCCAAACAGAGCCACUAUGGAUCGUCUUCUCAGCCGACAUGACCAUCAAACUCAAGCACGAGCUUAUAGUCAACAGCUACAAGACCAUCGAUGGCCGCGGCGCUAAUGUCCACAUCGUCGGAAACGGCUGCAUAACCCUCCAGUCAGUCUCCAAUGUCAUCAUCCACAACAUCCAUAUCCACCACUGCAAACCCUCGGGUCACGCAGACAUUGCCUCGAGCCCCACCCACGUCGGUUGGAGAGGUGUAUCCGACGGCGAUGGUAUCUCUAUCUACAGCGCACGCAAAAUCUGGAUCGACCACUGCGCGCUGUCUUACUGUACGGACGGGUUGAUCGACGCCAUCAUGGGUUCGACGGGGAUUACGAUCACAAACAACCAUUUCUCGCACCAUGAUGAGGUCAUGCUUUUGGGCCACAACGAUGGUUACUUGCCAGACUCAGGUAUGCAGGUUACGAUUGCUUUCAACCACUUCGGGCCGGCGCUUGUGCAGCGUAUGCCUCGGUGUAGACGCGGGUACAUCCACGUCGUCAACAACGACUUCACGCAGUGGGAGAUGUACGCCAUCGGCGGUAGUGCUAACCCCACCAUUAACAGCCAGGGUAAUCGGUACAUUGCCCCAGCGAACCAAAACGCCAAAGAGGUGACGAAGCGCGUGGACACAAACGAGGGAGACUGGACUGGGUGGAACUGGAGGACGGAAGGGGACAUGAUGGUAAAUGGAGCGUUCUUUGUGCCAUCCGGGGCGGGCCUCAGCACUCAGUACGCCAAGGCCUCAAGCGUUGAGCCCAAAUCGGCCGCCCUCAUCGACCAGCUCACCUCCACCGCUGGCGUUUUCGGCGACCCCAGGGACCAGAGCGUAUCACUACCUGGAUUCAGCGGCGGUGGGAGCAUAACAGGGGCCACAAGCAACACCGGGCAUGGGACCACAUCCGGCGGAGGCGGAGGCGGCGACGAUGACUACUUUGGAAUGAUAUUUGGGAGUGGCGCAUCAUCAGCAGCCGCCCCCUUGACUCCUUCCUCAUCUUUCUCUAUCUUUUUGUCUUUUUUAAUUAUUUUAGUCAUCUAUUUCACCACCAACUGUGGUGCUCAAUUAUCAUUACCAUUAUUAUUAUCAUCAUUGUUAUAGAAGCUUGACAAAGCAAAAAACAAUAUUAUGUGAAAUUUCAUAAUUAGAUGAAGAUGAGUAAAGAAAUCAGAAAAGAAAAAAAAAAGAAGAAAAUUUCGCAAA